UUUAGGCCUGUGGAAAUCCAACCAAGCUAUACACGAGCGCGCUCUGGCCGGUUUGUGCAAAAGGACGCAGUAGCCUAACUUACUAAAGCUUCCAUCCCUAUCAAGUCUUGAGAGAGGACUCAACUCCAGGAAGGCUUUCUGCCAGGCCCCGAGGUUGUACUUUCAUACACCACAGCCACCAGCACCCAGCGUUUGCAAGUGGGUUUUGUGCAAAAGGACAAAACACCAACAGCUUCCAGGUGAUUCCGAGGACUAAAGAGGUCUGCAGGUUGCUAUGUUAAUGCUGCUUGUCUUUGGAGCAUUGCUUCAUGAGGUCCCACUGAGUGGCCAAGAUGAGGCUCGUCGCGAGGUGGACAGUGCACCAGGCAGAGCCCUGUAUAACUACUCCAGCCUCCGCCUCCCAGAGACGCACAUUCCCUUCUUCUUGCAGAACAACAGGCAUGUUGCCUCUGUGUGCCGGGAGGAUUCCUAUUGUCCGUAUAAGAAACACCUAGGAAAUCUACACUACUGCUGGGGUUAUGAGAAAUCCUGCAAACCAGAGUUCAGAUUUGGCUACCCUGUUUGCAGCUAUGUCGAUCUGGGAUGGACAGACACUCUGGAGUCUGCUGAGGACAUGUUCUGGAAGCAAGCUGACUUUGGUUAUGCCCGAGAGCGGCUGGAGGAGAUGCGUGUGCUCUGCCAGCCAGAGAGAGCAAGCGACUCAAGUUUGGUUUGCUCUCGUUACCUUCAGUAUUGUAGAGCUACCGGUCUAUACCUGGACUUAAGGAACAUCAAGAGAAACCAGGACAGAUUCAAGGAAGAUUUUCUUCAGGGUGGGGAAGUUGGAGGACGCUGUAAGCUUGACAGGCAUGCCCUGAUGUCUGAAGGUCAGCGCAAAAGCCCUCUGCAGUCUUGGUUUGCCGAGCUACAAGGCUACACUCAGCUCAAUUUCAGGCCCAUAGAAGAUGCUAAAUGUGACAUCGUUGUUGAAAAACCAACGUAUUUCAUGAAAUUAGAUGCAGGUGUUAACAUGUACCACCACUUCUGCGAUUUCCUGAAUCUCUACAUCACUCAGCAUGUUAACAACUCUUUCAGCACAGAUGUGUACGUCGUGAUGUGGGACACCAGCUCUUAUGGAUAUGGUGACCUGUUCUCCGAUACCUGGAAAGCAUUUACUGAUUAUGAUGUCAUACAUUUGAAAACCUAUGAUUCCAAAAAGGUGUGCUUUAAAGAAGCUGUGUUUUCCUUGCUGCCUCGCAUGCGGUACGGACUGUUCUAUAACACGCCUCUGAUCUCUGGCUGUCAGAAUACCGGGUUAUUCAGGGCCUUCUCCCAGCAUGUGCUGCAUAGGCUGAACAUCACUCAACAGGGACCCAAGGAUGGGAAAGUUCGAGUUACCAUUCUUGCACGCAGCACAGAAUACCGGAAAAUACUGAACCAAAAUGAGCUGGUAAACGCACUGAAAACAGUGUCCACAUUUGAAGUCCGGGUGGUGGAUUACAAGUACAGGGAACUCGGGUUUUUAGAUCAGCUAAGGAUCACACACAACACGGACAUAUUUAUUGGCAUCCACGGAGCUGGCCUGACCCAUUUGCUGUUCCUUCCAGACUGGGCUGCUGUGUUCGAGCUGUACAACUGUGAAGAUGAGCGUUGUUACUUAGACCUGGCCAGGCUCAGAGGCAUCCACUACAUCACCUGGCGGAAGGCCAGCAAAGUGUUUCCUCAAGAUAAGGGGCACCAUCCGACUCUGGGGGAACACCCGAAGUUUACCAACUACUCCUUCGAUGUGGAAGAAUUCAUGCACCUUGUCCUUCAGGCUGCAGAGCAUGUACUGCAACACCCACAGUGGCCACUUAAGAAGAGACAUGAUGAACUGUAGGAAUGUUGUUUACAAGAGGGUGUUAAGCACUUUCACAUCCGGACGCACACCCAGAGGAGCAAAACAACCCGUCAUACCCUACUACUGUAAGAAGAAACAAGACUUUUUACUUUUGAAUAUAGCUCAGGCUGGCCUUGAACUCGUGGUCCUCUUGCCUCAGCCUCAUGAGUGCUCAGAUGACAGGUAUGCACCACCA